CCGUGCGAUGCGAGUCGAGAGCUGAAAGUAGUUAGAGGUGUCUAGAAUUAGUCGACGACGGAAAGGAGACACACGCGUGCAAGCCAUUCGCCUUUCUGCAGCGCGGAGAGUGAGCGAGAGAAAGGAAGAAGAAAAGGCGAGAGAAAGAGAGAGAGAGAGUGUGUAUGUGAGAGAGAGAGAGAGAGAGAGGCGUCCCGCCAUCGGUGGCGGAGGAGGAUCGACGGGUCCGCGUCGUCGAUAAGCGUUGCCGAUAAGCGCGUCGUUGGGGUGAGAUCGAUCGCCGCGCCGGAAAGCGGCGCGUUAGCAUCGGGGCAGGUAGAUAAGACGAAGGGAAGGAAGAAAAGAACAGGUAGAAAAAAGUUGUACCGGAAGAGAGACGGAUUUCCGCGCGAGAUACGCGAAGAGGAAUUGGAGAGAGAAAGGAUAACUGAAAGGACACGCGCCAAGAAGAGGGAGGAAAUGCACCGGUAGUCGGGAUCGCUGAGACGAGAUACGUCUGCGGAGAUGCGCGUUGUUCCUGGUCGCAGCAGAUUUGCUGCUCGUGGUAGCUAGCCGUGUGCACAGGCAUGGCCGACGUAGCGUCGCCCGAGGGCGACAAUGGGCUCGUCGCCGCGACGCCCGAGGGUUGCCGGGCGCCGCCGGUGACGGAGACCGAGAGCGACAAUUGUGGGGAAGGAGAUAUGUCCGCUGCCGCCACCGUCGAUAACAAAGUUGUCGACGACAAGGUCAGUAUCCACGAGAUCCUCGAAGGGAUGACGAACGAGUUUAAUAAGGGUGUGAGCCCGACGAAGCAUAACGACAGUGAUAAAGUGACAACGGAAGAGGUGACGACACUGUCUUUGCCACCAAAGGUUGUUGAUGAAGUGUUCAAGGGAGAAAGAGAGUCUGAUGUUGCCAGUGAAGAGGCUGUUGUGAAUUCAGUGAAUAUCAUUCAGACUCCGGAGGAAAAUCAUAAGAAUGAGGAGGAAAAUUCGAUGACAGCAGGAAAGCAAGAGAUUGUCAAGAAGGAUAACAAUAUACCUAGGAUUGUUCUGACAUUCAGGACCAUAGAUGAGAAUACGGAUCAUGGUAAGAAGACUAAAAUAUCCAGUUGUUCCUCUAAUCUCACUCUUGUUCCUGAUGAGUUGGCCAACUGUGAUCAAAUCGGUGGUGUCUCAGUAAAGAUAGAGAAUUCUGAUGAGAAUUCUGAUGUAGUAGAGGAAUCUCAAGCUGAGGAGUCUCAAGCAGAAGAGUCUCAAACAGAAGAGCCUCAAUUGGAAAAAAAAGACCUUCAAAUAGAAGAGACAAAGAAGAAGGAAUCUACAAAAGUAGCCGAGCCAAAGAUCAUGGAUGAAGAUAAAGUGGAAACUACAGAGGAGAAACAUAAUAAUGAUGUACAGCAUCCAAUUCAAAAAAAACCUGAGAUCACAAAGAAUAAUGCUGAAAAUAGUAAUGUUAAGGCGAUGUUCACAGAAGGUACUCAGCAACAAGAAAAUACUGCACCAGUUACCAGAAAGAGAAGGAUUGGACGACCUAGAUUACGAGCGCUUAGCGAUUCAGUCCCUCAAGAUGAAGAAUCCCCUGGCCCAAAGCGUUCAGCUAGGAGAUUAUGUAAAGAGUCUGUAAAGAGCACUGUACUGGAAAGCGCCAUGGCACGAAAGGAGAAAUCCAAUUACACUGAGGAGUUGCAUAUGCAAAUUAAAAAGAGGAAGUACAAUAAGCCGGGUCGGCCCAAGAAGAUCAUUCCGGGCAAGGAUCAGACGAAGCAAUCACAAACGAAGAUCUCUGAUUCCCGAGAGAUGGAGACAUCGCUAGCGUCUGACAGCAAUAUUAAUACGGCUGAAAAUGCAAUGUUAGAUUCUUCGCGCAAGACUUCAAUAUCGGAAAACAGUAUAAAUGACACUGUUUUGGAAGAUUCACAAUCAUUCUUGUCUGACUUUGAAGGAAUGCCAAAGUUGUCACCGAUGACGAGAAGUUCGGAAUCACAGACUAAAAUGAACAACUCUAUCAGUAGUCCUAGCAGCGACGACAUACCUUUGGCGGAUAUCCAGAAGCCUUUUUUGAAACCUGCUACUCAAUCUGCUAUCAGGCCCAAAAGAGAAAGGGGACGUCCUCGUGGAAGCACCCAAGCGGCGCGAAAAAUAGCGAAGGCGGAUCUAUAUGAAGAUGGUUCUCCGUCCGUUGCGGAAACAGGAAAGAAUAAUGAUUAUCCUGAAGAGAUGCCAGCCAAACGAACUCGCCGAAGUAUGGUGCCGAGCCCAAGCCCUGCGGAAGGACAGGCAUCGAAGCCAGAAUCAACAGCGAUUAUGAGCGAAACGUACGUGCAAUCCAUGCUAUGCUUAUGCCAAGUACGAUCUCAAUUAUACGUGACGAUAACUGGUUCUGGCGGACCACUUUAUUGUACUGCUAUUGAUUCAAUUGACAAUCGUGUGGUAGGCUGUUGCAACGAAGUAGAUACCAAUGAUGUGGCGAUGCGACGACCAAGUACUCGUGUACCUUUCAUCAUUCUUUGCCGUAUGCAUAAGGAACGGUUGCUACGUCACAAUUGCUGUCCUUCCUGCGGCAUGUUCUGCUCACAAGGCAGGUUUGUUCAGUGUACCAAUGGCCAUCAGUAUCAUCGCGAAUGCGAGAUCUAUCCGAACAAGAAAGGUGUCUGUCCACACUGUGGCAGUGAAACUGCAGCCUAUGAUGUGCUGGUGACAAUGAAUGGUAUGCGGCGACCAGUUUUCAUUCCUACGCGUAAAAAAUUCUCCAAAUUGCCGUCUGCAAAGAUGAGUCUGCCUGGAAAAGGUGAUAAUACAAAGUUGGCCGAGAGUCCGCCUAGCCCGUUAAUUAAACCUGAUAUUAUCAAAAUACCUGAACCGUCGAUUAAUACUGAAAGGCCAGAACGUUAUACCAUUAUGAGUCUUUAUACAUCCGUAAAAAAUGGAGAUUUGGAAAAGUUGGUGAAUGUAUUAGCGUGUGGCUAUAAUGCAAAUCACACAUUCCGGGAUUACGCUCACCGAACCGGUCUGCACAUAGCGGCGGAUAAAGGCCAUUUAUCUUGUGUACAUGUUCUGGUUCAAGCUGAUGCUCAAGUAGAUGUAAUGGAUAGGAAUCAAUUAACGCCACUAAUGCUAGCCGCAAGUAAGGGUAAUGCCGCUGUGGUAAAAUACCUAGUCAGGAUAGGCGCCGACGUGACACUGAAGGGUGAAGAUGGUAUGACUGCCCUGCACAUGGCGGCCAAGUUUGGUCAUCUAGAAGUCUGCAAAAUUAUUUUGACUGAAUGUAAAGUGCCAAGAACAUUAGUAGAUUCUGUGGACGAUGGCGGCUGGACAAGCUUAAUUUGGGCAUGCGAAUUUCGUCAUACGGAUGUCGCACGAUAUUUAUUAGAUAAGAAAUGUGAUCCGCUUAUUCGAGAUGCCGAGCAAAAUAUAGCGUUGCAUUGGAGCGCUUUCAGCGGUAGUUCCGAGAUCACGGAGAUGCUCCUCAAUGAGGGAUGUGAUGUAAAUGCUGUCAACGUUCAUGGUGAUACUCCCUUACAUAUAGCAGCUAGACAGGAUCAAUAUGCGGUCAGUGUUUUGCUGCUGGCGCGUGGUGCUAAAAUAGGAGAGGUAAAUGCUGCCGGCGAAACUGCGGUAAAUUGUUGCGCCUCAGAUGGUGAUACUAUGGCUGCCUUGAGACUGAAUGCGAAAGUUAAUGAACUUUCUGAACAUAUGUGGGAAAAGACGGUUAAAAUAUUAACGAAGUAAUUAUGGAAUAUAUUAAGUAUAACACACACACACACACACACACACACACACACACACACACACACUAAUUUUCUUUAUGUAACGGAAAAUUGCUUUACAAGCAACAUUAAUGUCGACCGUACGAUUACAUCGCUACAAUCUUGUCGAUGUGAAGAUAAUUGCAGUUCCGAAAAAUGCUUAUGUGGAAAUAUAAGUCUGCGAUGUUGGUAUGAUGAGGAAGGAAAGCUUAUACCAGAAUUCAAUUAUGCAGAUCCACCAAUGUUGUUUGAGUGUAACCCAGCCUGUGAUUGUAACCGUAUUACGUGUAACAAUCGAGUAAUCCAGCACGGUUUGACACAGCGGUUCCAAUUGUUUCGUACAGAAGGCAAAGGCUGGGGUCUCCGAACACUUCGACAUAUUCCUAAAGGCACCUAUGUUUGCGAAUAUGUUGGCGAGAUAAUCUCGGAUUCCGAAGCUGACCAUCGGGAAGAUGAUUCCUAUUUGUUCGAUUUGGACAAUAGAGAUGGAGAAACAUACUGUAUAGAUGCGAGACGUUAUGGAAAUCUUGCUCGGUUCAUUAAUCAUUCAUGUGCGCCGAAUCUGUUGCCAGUACGAGUGUUCGUCGAACAUCAGGAUUUACAUUUUCCAAGGAUAGCAUUCUUCGCUAAUCGCGACAUCGAGGCAGAUGAAGAGCUCGGCUUUGAUUACGGCGAGAAAUUCUGGAUAAUAAAGUGCAAGUCCUUCACAUGUACCUGCGGUGCCGAAAACUGCCGUUACUCUGAGAAGACUAUACAAGUUACAUUGGAUAAUUAUCGGAGAAGGAUACAGCAGGAGGAAAUGCUGGCAGCUCAAACCUCUUCGUAACCCUAAUGCGAUUUAGCUUAAUUCCUUAGGUGUUUACGAUUUUUCGCGGACGGACACAAUAACGAUGAUAACAAUGAUGGCGAUUUUACGAUUUGUCUUGUCAGUUAUGUCAUUUUUUUGUGUCAGUUCGCCGCGAAUUGAUUGCCGCAACGCGCGCGGGAUCGUAAAAGUACAAAUGCAAAACGGUGGUGGGAUGAUAAGCGUAAGAUUGGGGUCUUUCAUGAUGUUUCUUCGUGUUAUAAUAUAUUAGUUGAUUUUGAAACGGUUACGUUCGGGCAUGUUAUUGUUUUGCUGAACAACGAACGCUCGUCCGUGCGAGGUGAAAUUGACAGCCGGUCUAUCAAGUAUAAUUC